AUAAAAUAUUUCUGAACAGUCUUUCCGGCUGCUGUGCAGAACUGUAAUAUAAUUAUUAACAUAACCUUUAUGUACUUAUUCGGUCCAUUAUAAUCGGGCAGAGCAGUAAAACAGAAACAUAUGCAUAAUGAGUUUCUCUGGAAAAAAAGGCGUGGAUAAGGCUUUUGCCAUGUUAAGAACACUUCCUCGUGUUUGUUUGGCAAACGUCCGAAGAAAUCCAGGAACACGAAUAAAGCCAACCAGAGGCCGCGCACAGCAUGGAGGUGACAAGCAUGGUGCUGGUAACAAGGGAUCUGGGCAACGACAAAAUUAUAUGCGUCUUGGCUAUGAAACUGGAAAUAACCCAUUUUACUUGCGUUUCACAUACGAGCCAUAUUACAAGGGGCAUCACUUACGACGGGAAUACCCACCCCUCUCUUUACUACAGCUUCAGAAAAUGAUUGAUACAGAUCGUCUGGAUAUCUCACAACCUCUAGAUUUGUCAGUCAUUUGCAACACUGGAUUAUAUAAAAUAGAUCCUCAUCACAAACAUUUUGGCAUUCAAUUAACAGAUGAGGGUGCAAAUAUUUUCAAAGCAAAAGUGAAUAUAGAAGUGCAGUGGGCAUCAGAACCAGUGAUUGCGGCAAUCGAGAGAAAUGGUGGUGUCAUUACUACAGCGUAUUUUGAUGUUCACAGUCUGUGGGCUAUAAUCAAUCCUGAGGGAUUUUUCAAGAAAGGAGAGGCAAUUCCACGCCGCAUGGUGCCACCACAGGAUGCAAUAGAGUAUUACACAAACCCUGUUAAUCGUGGUUACCUGGCAGAUCCUGAGAAGAUAUCCUGGGAGCGCCUGGUGUUAGCACAAAAAUAUGGUUAUCAGUUACCUGUACUGGAAAAUGAUCCUGAUUAUGCUAUGCUGACCCAAAGGAAGGAUCCAAGGCAGAUAUUUCUAGGACUUGAACCUGGCUGGGUCGUCAAUCUCCGAGAUCGUUGUAUCCUCAAACCCACAGAUGAACAGCUCAAAGAAUUUUAUCGUUCAUAGCCUAGGACCAAAGUAACUUUCAUUAAUGCAAUGAAGAUAAUCAAAUAAUGUAAUAUAUAUAUCUCAGCUCAUGUAAAACGUUUCAAUGAGAUGUGAUUACAAACAUUGGUUACACAAUUGUGGCACUCAGAAAUAAAGGCUGAUCUUACAAAAA